CGUAUUUGUAGUUUUACUGUGACUACAGGCGAGUUAGCUGAAGUUUGUACACAAACAUGGCUAGCUAGGUUAGCUGGUUAUUCUCUUUACACGGGGUAAAUAUGUUUGUGUUCAGGCCUAGGAGACUUCGGUUGUUCAGAAGGUUUUUGAGGAUUACACCAGCCAAGAAAUGAACAUAUCUAAGAAGAAAAUCAUCUUAGACUGCAGCAAGUGAAAUAAUGCAAAGAAUAACAACCUGCUUGUUUGUUCUAUUGUGUUAAAAGCACCAUCAUGUUAUUUAUCUAUAUAACUUUUAAAUGUCUUGCACAACCAACAACCAGUAAGUGCAAUCAGCUGUGUAAGAGCGGUUGAAUUGUUUUGUAUGAGUGCUGAGAGGCUCCACACUGUGCCAGCACCCGAGGGCAGGAGGAGUCCAGGGAGUGGCAGGUCUCAACCAGGCCGGGAAGGCAGUGGCCUGGAGCAGAUGGGCACAGUCAUGGGGCCUGUUCUGCUCUGGCUCCAGGACGUGGCAGGCGUGACCCUGCUGAGGGCUCAGCGCACUCUACUGCGAGCCGCCGUCUUCUUGUGUGUGCUGGUGCUGCUGCUCUGGGUGUCUAUCUUCCUCUAUGGAAGCUUCUACUACUCUUACAUGCCUACAGUCAGCUUUUCCACACCAGUGAACUACCAGUACAGAACUGACUGUGAGUCUACAGAUUCUGUUCUCUGUUCAUUCCCCAUGGCCAACAUCUCUCUUCUAAAGAAUGGUAGAGAACAGGUGAUGAUGUAUGGUCAACCCUACAGGGUCUCUCUUGAAUUAGAGAUGCCAGAAUCUCCAGUUAAUGAGCAGCUCGGUAUGUUUAUGAUCAAAAUGUCUUGCUACACCAAGGAUGGGACAGUUGUAUCCACUGUGGCUCGAUCUGCCAUGCUGCACUAUCGCUCCAGUCUCCUGCAGACCCUGAGCACCUUGUUCUUCUCUCCACUGUUACUGACUGGGAUGUCUGAGCAGAAGCAGCUUGUAGAGGUGGAGCUUUUCUCAGGCUACAAGUCAGACUCUUAUCAUCCCACCACAGGAGCUGUGAUAGAGAUUCAGUCUCGACGGGUGCAAAUCUAUUCUGCCCAGCUUAGGAUCCAUGCUUACUUUACUGGUAUCAGAUACCUCUUGUACAAUUUCCCUCUAACGUCAGCAGUCAUAGGAGUUGCCAGCAACUUCACCUUCCUCAGUGUUAUUGUGCUCUUUAGUUACCUGCAGUUCAUCUGGGGUGGGCUGUGGCCCCCGGAACAGGUCAGAGUGCAGGUGAUGAUGGGAGAUGCAACCCGUCUACAGCAGAGGAGAGAGGAGGCCCGGAGACGCAUGCACACGUCAGCCAGCACACCCAUUAUGAAGUACGAGAAGGAAAGAAAUGUUACUGCUGACCAGCCGCAAGAGCCACAGCGAGCUGGAAUUCUUAGAAACAAACGUGAGCUGGACACAGUCAGUGUGAUUGGUACUGUGGGUGAACACAGCCAGGACAGUGAGCAAGUUCUGAAGUCCUCCACAGAUGAUGGUCUUGUGCUGAGGAAGGUUCCACACACUGAAAAAGCGAGUGUGAAUGAGGAAGAUCUGAGCAGAGCAGAAGAGUCUGAGCCGGAGUCCCAGUCCCAGUCCCAGUCCCAGUCCCAGCCCCAGCCCCAGCCCCAGCUUUCUGACAACAAUCUAAGACAAAGACAUGGACCAUGGAUGAGUCUCUGAGUUCUCUAUCUCUUGGGCUUUUUCCUACUUGCACACAUUCUCUCAUACUUUUUUAGUUAAUUUUUUUGUGUGCCCUGCAUACGUCCUACUGGGGAUCAAUAGCUGACAUGCACUGACGAGCAGGUACACAAAAAGUAUUCCUUGUGUUGACUAAUGUGUGCUAGCACACGCAACUUUAUUUCUUUCAUUAUUUAAGAACGAUUUACCUCACUGCUCGCAAUCUUUUCACCAGUUCUUCAGCUUGUAGCUUUCUCAGAACAACUUUCCAUAGAUCACAGACCUACAAGUUGCAUUUAUGCUAAAUGGCAAGUAAAACUAAUACACAAGUAGCAUACUUACUGCUAUUGUGGCUGUAGUCAAAAUUCUUAUGAUCAUAGAGCUAAAUACUUUUUGAUCUCAAGGAAGUUUAUGAGGAACGCCUGGAGAGUCAUGUCCGGCACAGUUUGGGGAUUUCCUGCUUCAUACAACUCUGUUAAUUGCCAAUAUUCGUGGGAGUGCUUGAGUACGGAAACUAUCAAACUGAACUGGCCAUCUGCCCUAUAGGAGUGGCUCUGUCUACAUGUGCAACUACUGCUUUCAUUUCAGAUACCCAACAAAGUUACUGAUUUUAAUUUAUACUCAAAAAGGAGGGACCUGUUAUGCUUCUUAUUUUCUUUUUUUUUUAAUCACAUUUUCCUCCUAAUUCACAAGGCCAAUUACCCAAUUAACUCAUUGGGACUCCCGCUAUCACUAGUGAUGCCCCAACACCAGGAGGGUGAAGACUAGCAAAUACCUCCUCCGACACAUGUCAAUCAGCCACCACCUUUUUUUAAGCUUCAUGAACGGAAUUCGAACCAGCGAUCUCCCAAUCAUAGUGGCAACGCCUUUUCACUGGACCACUCGUGUGUGAAUAGUCAAAUGUGAACCCCCACAUUUGACUAUUUUAAUGUUUGACAUUCUUAUAAUGUGAACAGAUCUUUCCCUAAAAUGGCAUUCAUGAAAUCUAAUCUUUUUGUUCACAUUCAUGUUGGAUGCCCGCAAAUCAGAUAUACAGUACUGUGCAAAGGUUUUUGGCACCAAAGCAAAUGACACUAAUCAAUUUAUCUUAGCAAUAUGAAUGUUUUAACCUGAAAAAGCACCACUUAUAAUUUAAACAGAUGCAUAUAAACAUAAAUACAGUAAAACAUAACAAGGAAUUCUCAUUUUUACCUAAGUAUGUUAUAUCUUGUAAGCCAAGCUGAAGAUCAAAGUGUAGAAAUUCCAGAUUUAUCCUGGAUGAUUUCCCUCAGCCAGCAUGUGUAUAUGUUCAGUUCCAUCAGCAGCUCACCUGAUUUACCACAUUUACCAAACGAGUUGUUGAUAUGAUGAGAAUUAGAAAUAACUCUAUUAAACUCAGAUGAGCAGAUAUUAGGAUAUGUUUUAAGGAAAAUGUGCUGUAAAAUCUGCUUUUUGUAAAGUUGCUGUUUUUAUUUAUUGUAAUGCUAAGUUAGUGUUUUACUGAGCUAAUAAACACUUACUGCCUAGAUAAGAAGCUUGUUCUUUACUGAAAUGUCCACAAGUGCAUAAAACAUUUGCACAGUACUGUAUAUCCAGUCCAAUACCACAUAUAAAAGUGACCUAAAUCUGAUUAAAAAAAAAGGUCAGAUGUGAUGUUUCUACCCCCAAACUAAAAAAAAAAUGCAGAAUUGACUCACUGUAGCCUGGUAAUGUGAACAAAUCUACAAAACAUCAAGCUGGACUUGUGGGGUGUUCUUCAAACACACCCACAAACAGAAACAGUUAAAGCAGUGACAGAGCUGUGGGUGCCCAUCUUUCACUGAUGCAAUUCAGAGAGGUUCCUCUUCACAACUUACAAUAUUUAAAUGAUCUUUUUCUGAUAUCUUGGUGCCAAAUUCUACACAGAAUAUUAAAGUGGAAUCAUUGCUUUGCAAAUUUGGCAGAAAAAGGAUAAGGAUACAGUGUUUUUGUGUAGAAGGAACGUGUAUACACACUCAUGCAUACACGCACCCAGUAUACUACUGCACACACUCCCAAGUGUGAAAUUAAACAAAUGAAUCUGUUACAGCUAGUUAUUUUAAAAUGUUGUUAUAGUUUAAACACAGAAGUUUGUAUAUUCUGUCUAAAUAUAAAGUCCAAAAACAAAAGUACAAACAAGUAUUUCAAAGUGUGAAAUGUACUAUUAGAACAAUGAGCACUUUUUUUGACCACUAACAAUUUGCUAUGGGUGUGCAUGCUGACCAAUAACUACAAAUUUUGGGGUAGAACAUGAAGGGACCGAAUGAUUGAUGUAAAUAAGUGCACGCUAAACAAGAGUUUGUUACUACAUACAACGAUAGGUAAAUAUACCAAUAGGUAUACACAGUAGCAGAUAUUGAAUGUGCCAAAGAUUUUAUGUUUUAGUGUAGUUAGUUAUUUGUUUAUAUUGUUCUUCUGUAGAAUAUCUUGGUUUUAAGGUAUGCUUUUCUGUUAAUAUGCUCUAUUUAUUUAAUAAAGUUAAAAGCAUGAAG